CGCGUUGUUCCGUCGACACACUUCUCGGAAGGAACACUUUUGGUGCUUGGUACAGUAAUGGCCACCGGGGUUCGAUCUGUUGGGAACCGAAAGUGACAACAUUUCGACCAAAGCGAUUGAUUGAUUGCCCGGAGGAUUGUCUGGAAGUGAUUUUUGGAGCGUUUGGCUUGGCUUGGCAGCAACACAACGCAACGCAACGCAACGCAAUACAACGCAACGCAACACACCCGACCCUCGAGCUCCUUUUCUGUCGCAGACCGCUGGCCACCGAUCGCGGGGGCUACCAGAGACAGCGCAAAAAGCACGCAGACCAGCACAAAACCCGAUGUUUUCCUCCUCCGUCCUCCGCUCGCCCGCCUUUCGGAGGUCGACGACCCUCCUGACCGUCGCGAUUUCCGCGAACGCGUGGGUCGCCAACAACGCCUUUGCGAUCUCCGCCCGGCGUGCGAUCGCCCCCGCCACGAGGACGACCCUGGCCGAGGCGGCCCCGUCCUUCUCCUCGUCGGCCGAGUUCGGUGCGAACGAAGGCGCGAGACACGGGGCCUGCGGCCGGGCCUUUUAUCCGAGGGACGUGUACUACGACGCCGAGGCAAAGAGCAAGCUCGAAGAGCUGAGGGCGCUGCGACGGGACGAAAUCGCGGACGGCGGGGGCGCUGCAAGCGGCGGCGGCAACAAGACCAACACCAACAGCACGACCCUUGGUGUGCUGAAAGAAUCGGGGGGGAAAUACUCGGGCACCCUCACCCUGAUCGGAUACAAGGGCGGACCGCUCGAGUCGCAGAUCAACCAGGAUCGAGCGGUGGUCCUGUCACCGUUCGUGGUGGGAAACAAAAAGGACACGGACGGGGCAGGAGGCAGUGACAACGACAGCGACAGCGUCGACAACAACAGCAACAAGUUGAUCGGGUGCUUCGACGGACACGCCCGGCUGGGCGAGGUUGUCAGCGACUAUGUCGUGAAGGAACUUCCCAAGCUGCUGGCGUCGAAACUCGACAAGAUCCAGCCAAAAUCCAAUUAUACGGACCAGGUGUCGCAGGCCAUCACGGAGACCUUCGUUGAGAUGGACCGAACCGCCCCGGCAGAGAUAUCCGGCGGGUGCACCGCGACCAUUGUUCUACAAAAGGGUUCCAGGCUCUACGUCGCAAACGCCGGGGACAGCCGCUCCUUUGUCGUCGUGUACCGGGCCAAAGCGAAGACCGCGGAGGUUGUCUACAUCUCGAGAGAGGACAAACCCAGCCUGCCGGACGAGCGGGAACGCGUGGAAAAAGCCGGUGGCAAGGUGCUCUUGCCGCCCACCGGCACCUCGAGGGUGUUGUACACGGAUCCCGAGUCCGGCCUGACGAGCGGGCUGGCCAUGUCCCGGUCGAUAGGGGACUGGGAGGUCGGAAAGUUCGGCGUCAUUCCCGAUCCCAUCAUCGACACCAUCGACAUCGACGAGGUCGUCGAGCAGCAUUCGGGCGGGUCGGAGGACGACGUUUGCAUUUUUGCCGUGUCGGCGACGGACGGCUGCAUGGACUACACCAACCCGGAGGGCGUGGCCGCCGUGCUGGCGAGGAGCAUGUACGAGGACGAAAGCCCGCACCUGCUCACCGCCAUGGAACAGAUCAUUUACACGGCGGCCGCGGGGUGGGAACGGGCGAAGCGCGGGACCUACCGGGACGACAUUGCCAUUUCCGUGUGCGCGAUACGAAUACCCCCCUCCCUCCUUCAAGGCAGGUAACACACCGCGAAGCACCACACCACACCAUAGCUACCACGCAGGCCCCCGGGGUCUAUCCAUACAUAGAAUCGAGUAGAUUAUCACUAGUUCCGAACCAUAUUGAACUCUCGUCUUUUUUGCCGUAGUAUUGUUUGGUGAACCCUGGUAUUGAACCA